UUAUAUAGAGAAAUAAGGGGAGUUUUUACUCUCAUAACUGUGUUCUGUUAUUCUGCACAAUAAUGUCUAGAGUGCUUUAUCAGAGGCUGCAUUCUGUCUCAUCUGGCAACCUUGUGGGCUGUUGUGUGUUUUAAGCAGCUAGUUAGCCUCCGAGGCAGCGUCCGCCUGCAGGACUCAGACAUUUCUACAUCAUUUUUAUCACAUUUAAUUGUGUCUUUCGAGAUGGUUGUGCUUAAUAGUAACGCCAGUAAUGAAGAACACGAUAUAAUCCUGCUAGAAGAGCGCUGCUCCUCACUGCCUAGCUCUCCUGCUAAACGAGUGUCUCCAGCCAAGAGGAAGCAGUUUUUUAUAAGCCAGGCCAUACGCAACUCUGACCUUACUCCCAGAGCCAAGGGGAAAAAAAGUUUAAGACGACAGGAGAACACUCGCUACCUGGAUAAUCUCCUGGAGAGGGAUGAGUGUACCAAAAAUGAGACUGAAGCACAAGAGACGGCCGCGCCGACUAUUUUCACCGAAGCAUGCACCAAUGAAAACUAUGUGGAGUACUGGAGUGACUUCAUGAACCGCUCUGGAGAGGAGCAGGAGAAAAUGUUGGCCCUGCUGGAUGAGGACACAACAAGACAGAGUAACGCUAGCAAGGCUCCAAAAGACCAGAGAGAGUUGAACCCUGCCUUCAAUGCUCAGGAAUGCUUUCAAAGAAUUGAUCGGAAGUUGCGUGCAACAUUGAAGCGCAAACAUAUCCCCAAGACGACACUGGAGCUUCUGGAGAGUGACCUGCUGAGCUUUUUUGAAGCUCACCCACAAUCUAUAUACGUCGCCAAACUUAGCAACAGUUUUGAGAGACUGUUGCUUCAUGCCAUUUGCCAGUACAUGGACCUUGCUUCAGCUAGUAAGUCGAUGUGUGUUUUUCUCACACUAGCCAUCUUUCCACUGAGGAAACUUAUAUUCUGGAACUACAGAGCUCUAUGGUUUAGCUUACCACUAAGAGCUUCGCUAUGACCAUCUUCUCCCAUCAUAUACGCAAAGAUCCAGUCUAUUCAUGUGACCAUGCACGAUUUUCUACUAACACAUCUUCUAUCGCAGGUACCGACUGUAACGGGAUGCGACAGACAAAAGUUGUGAACAAGCAAGAGGAGUUCCUCCCUCCUUCUCCAUUGCUCUCGGCUUAUUUGGAGCAGAGGAGCUGAGAGAAGGACGGUAUUCUCGCACUGCCACCAAAAUUGGCCACUAUAAACCAUAGAAGCAGCUUUAAAUAAACAGUCUGUGUUCCUGGUCCAAAAAAAGUAAGGCUUUGUUUUAGAGAGUGUCACUUUGUUAUUUAAUAGGUCCAUGCACUAGCUACUUGGACUUUAAACUUUAGCCCCUAAAUCAAGCACAAACGAAAUACAGUAGAAAUUAAGAAUAUUCUCCUGGAAGUUGUACUGUUUUGUCAAAAAAGGGCUUUUAAACAGUAGGUGCUACCAGUAAGUUUAAGUGUUAGAUUUUUUAUUACCAAAAAUCACACAAAAAAUCAUACUGGAUUUACAGGUUAAUGGAAUUAUGAUCCUGAUUUUCAUGAUGCUUUAAAAAAAAAAAACUUUUUUUUGUCCUUUUCAUCCUAUUUAGGUACAAAGAUGGCUUGUAAAUUCUGGCUUAUGAACUUUUUUGUAAAUUUUGCAUGAUUAAAACUUGAACAAAAAAAAUAGCAAUGCUUUGCUGCUAGCAUCCUAAAAUGUAUCUUUCUACAACAGUGAAACAGCAGAUGGAUUUUAGCAUAAUGAAAUAUCCUUCUGCUUUCUCAAGGCCGUAUCAAGGGUAUGGUUAAAACUAAUUGUGAUUAACGUAGAGAUCUUUUUCCGGUUUUAAAUAUAAUGGUCUAGCAAACAGUAUGUACAUGUGACUGAGGCUGUAAACAUGGAAGAUGUAGAAACUUCUUUUGGCUUGGUUUUGCUUAUUGUUAGAGGAUAAGAGAACGAUCGAUAAUAUUAGCAUAAUAUCGGUAAGACUUGCAGUUUUAUUUCCUCACCCACUGUACAGGUGAAAGAUAACUGCCAUUUUUAAUGCUUUAAUAAUUUAAUUUUAACCCUAUUAUUACUAUACAGUAAUGUACAGUAGUGACAGUGUUGACGUGUCCAUAAUUAAAAACUCUGCCGUAUAUUGUGCUUUAUACUUUUAACAUUUUCAUUGUAGUCACUGUAAAGAUCCCUCAUCAUUUUACACAACAGUUUACAAUACAGAAUAUCAGGUCUCUGUUUGGUUCUGAUAACAGUGGAUGUCAGUGAUGCUAUACUUAAAGUAAACAAAGCCUUCUAGGCACAUCCGUGUGACGUCAAUAGGCCUGCAUUACUCUUUAAUGCUCUUUGCCCUGUCACUCUGUCAUGAAAUUGCCAAAAGCCAAACCAACUUGCACUUACAACUAUGCCUUACAUAUGAAUGCCAAUUUGUCAGCAAUGUGUUUUUUUUUUUUCAUGUCAUACUGUACAUUUAUAGACAAAAGUUUGCUGAGGUUUACAUUGUGAGAAAAAACAACAACAAAAAGAAUCUGGACAGACCUGAUCAGUCAGGGUGUUGGUGUUGCAAACCAAAAUGUACAUGUAUGUGGUUGCUUAUUUGCUCAGGCAUCAAAUUAUGAUUGUGGAUUUCUGUACACAUUGAACACUUUUUUUAUUCACAUGAAGCCAAUUUUUUGUAUUUUUCUUUAGAUGCAAGUGAUAGGCUGUGGGCCCUUUGUAGAAUAUCUAUACUUGUCUGAUAUUGUUAUUGUGGGUGUGUAUAAGGUAUACAGUGGGAUCUGAAGGUCUGAGAACACAUUAAAAAGUUUUUUUUUAUACUGAGGGGAAAAAAAUAAUGAAUCUUGUAUAAUUUGGAAAUGCAAAUUGUCGCUGACUUCUAAUAGUCCGACUUACCAUUUUGUGUUAUCGCCUUAAGUGUUCUUAUGAAGUUGGAGAAUGGCUAGGCUUAGCUAUGAUGUUAAAUAUGUUAUAUAAAUUCCUUUUCAGCUGUCACUGUUUUAAGUUAGUAUGGGUUUAUCCAGACAAAAUUCCAUGAAAGGCCAAAUUACCUUAAAAAAGAAAGGUAAUGUACAAUGUUAAUAAUAUUUAAUAUUCAACAACAUGCACUAUUUCUAGGUCCCUAUUUAAAUGUGAGCAGUUGUAAUUUUGACAGCUUUGUGUACAAGCUCUGAUUUCCUUUCUCAUGUCUAAUCUUUUUUUGAAGCAUCAGUUCAGACACAAAGCUGAUGGAUUCGAUAUAAAAGUGGUUCAGUGGAGUUUAUGCCAGCUCAAGUGCACACUGUCAUUAAACCAAAUACAGUUCUAGGAAACCUCAAAAUACAUGUAAAUAUUUCAAAGAUAUCUUUCACUCAUGGUGUUGUCAUUCAUUUAUAAUGAAAAUUCUAAUGUUGAAUUAAAAAUGAGUUUCAAAUAAAAGCAUUUUGGCUAGAGUGCUCAGACAUUUGGACCCCACUGUAUAAAGAGGUAUUUAGCAUCAUUCACUGUUAACCACAGGAUGCUUAAGUGUGCAGCGUUAGAUGUGCGACAAAUAGAAAAUGACUUGUUAUGAUGAUUACAUAUUUAUAUGACCAUUGUGCAAGCCAUGAAUGAUUGUGUGUAGCUACAUUUGAAUAAAUACUCUGUAAAUGUUA